AUGCCUAGGCUUGAUGAAACUAUAGACAGACUAGCCGGUACUCAUUGGUUCACUGUUUUAGAUGCCAAAUCUGCUUAUUGGACAGUGGAGCAUCUUGAUGAAACCAUGGGUCUGUUAGGUAAGGCUGGAUUCAGGCUCAAUCAGAAAAAGUGUAAAUUUGCAGUGAGAACCUUCAUGUUUUUAGGUCAUUUAAUAACCCCAAGUGGAGUCCUUCCAGAUCCAGAUAAAGUGAAGGCCAUUUUGCAAAUGACAGCCCCACAGAUCGUGAAGCAAGUAUGCCAGUUCCUGGGAGCAACUGGCUUCUUCAGGAAACAUGUCAAAGAUUACGCUGCUGUCGCUGCUCCUUUAUCAUCACUGCUGAAGAAACAGGCAACAUUCCACUGGGGACCAAUACAGCAAGCAGCUUUUGAAGUUUUAAAACUCAAAUUGGCUUCAGAACCAAUCCUCAAACAGCCUGAUUUUGAUCGUCCCUUUGAGGUACAUUGGUGCCUGCUUAAUCCAAAGAGAUGA